AUGGUGCCUGCUCACUGCUGCAAGCGCGAGUUCCCGUCCGAGUACGUGCGCGAGGCGCUGGAUGCCUUUGAGUUCCAGACUUACGAGCGGUUCCUCAAGGACAAGCACUGGAGCACGCUCGACCUGCAGUCGGAUCGCGACUAUGCUCGUGUGGUGAGGGAGAACAGUGGUGUGCAGUGUCCUGGGUGCGGAGUUGGCGUGCAGAAGUCGGUUGGGUGCAACCGCAUGAUGUGCUUGAACCACCACGAGUUCUGCUUCCUGUGCGCCAAGAAGUGGAAAACGUGCAACUGCAGCUACUAUUGA